CCUUGAACCUACUGCAUUGGAUAUGACAGCGGUCGAUUUUUACGGUGUGUCUUACCGUAUUUCAACGCCGCAAUCAAAGAAUAUAAUCAAGUUUUCAAUGUUAAUGCAAUGCUUCAAAGAACUUGUCCAAUGGGGGGCACAGGAUAUGUUGCAUAAAGAAUAUGGUGCUUAUAUUCUGGCAGAGACCGAAAGUGGGUAUGAUUUUAGUUUAGAGUUUGAUUUACAGAAAUUGCCCGAGGAUAAAGUUAUUCAACAAAAAAUAUCUUUCAAGCCUUAUCAUGGGUUUUCUCAUUUAAUUAUAAUGACUAUUUGUCUUUUAGAGGAAAGAGAAGCACUUGUGAAAAAAGUAUCUUUAAUCAAACGUAAUCUUUUGGCUCAACCCUUUGAACGGGCUUUUGAGCAGCAAGCUCAAUAUGAAGCUGAAGAGCAAACAAAUCCCACACCUGUCCUCAUGCAAAUUCACUAUAGAGAUCAAGAAACUAUUUAUAUUCAAGCACAAUAUGAUAGAGUUACUGUAAUCUUUUCUACAUUGUUUAAGGAAGAAACAGAUAGAAUAUUUGGAAGAGUGUUUUUGCAGGAAUUCGUUGAUGCUCGUCGUCGACCAGCAAUUCAAAAGGCACCUCAAGUUCUUUAUUCUAGUAAAGACCCUCCAUUAGAAAUUAGAUAUUUGUCUGAAUCACAAAACGAAGAUGUUGGCUAUGUCACCUUUG